GUAAAAAGAAAAAUAUAAAACGGAUAAAGGAAAGAAGAAAGCCUCGACAGUUGUCCCUCUCCUGAGAAAAAUAUCAUCCAAAAAUGAGCUUCUCCUCUCCAGCCAGUGCUUGUAAUUCUCUAGGAUGGAAAUCUUCGACCUUGUUUUCACAGCUUCAUCUAACUUCUACUAAUCUCAGAGGGUUUUUAGUUUCUUCUCAGACCAAGAAAUUCUCGGUAUCCUGCUCUUCAUCAUCUUCAGAUCCACUCUUGGUUAAGGCUGCAAGAGGAGAACCUGUAAGUCGGCCUCCAGCAUGGAUGAUGCGACAGGCAGGAAGGUAUAUGGCUAUUUAUAGAAAGCUUGCGGAGAAAUACCCAUCCUUCAGAGAGAGAUCAGAGACAACUGAUCUCGUUGUGGAAAUUUCUUUGCAGCCCUGGGAGGCUUUCCGUCCUGAUGGAGUGAUUAUUUUCUCUGACAUACUUACCCCGCUACCUGCAUUUGGUGUCCCAUUUGAUAUAGAAGAUGUCAGGGGUCCUGUUAUCCAAUUACCAAUUACUUCUGAAGAGGGUUUGAAAUCUUUACAUCCCAUUGACUUGGAAAAACUUUCUUUCGUUCGGGAAUCCCUGAAAAUAUUACGUAAUGAGGUUGGUAAUCAUGCUGCUGUUUUAGGCUUUGUUGGAGCACCUUGGACAAUAGCCACAUAUAUAGUUGAAGGGGGUACCACUCGCACAUAUACAACCAUAAAGAAAAUGUGCCAUACAGCACCACAUGUAUUGAGGGCUCUUUUGUCUCAUUUGACACAGGCAAUAUCAGAUUACAUUGUCUUUCAAGUGGAGUCUGGGGCUCAUUGCAUACAAAUAUUCGAUUCCUGGGGUGGACAACUGACGCCUGAGAUGUGGGAGAAAUGGUCAAAACCCUAUAUAGAAGAGAUCGUUAGAUUAACAAGAAGCAAAUGCCCCGAUACCCCACUUGUUUUAUACAUUAAUGGAAAUGGAGGUCUUCUUGAACGUAUGAAAGGAACUGAUGUUGAUGUCAUUGGGCUGGACUGGACAGUGGACAUGGCAGAUGGAAGGAGACGAUUGGGUAGCGGGAUCUGUGUACAAGGAAAUGUCGACCCUGCUUGCUUGUUUUCUCCUCUUCCAACCCUUACUGAAGAAAUCCAAAGGGUUGUAAGAUGUGCAGGGCCACAGGGGCACAUACUCAAUCUAGGACAUGGUGUCCUUGUUGGGACACCCGAAGAAGCUGUUAAGCAUUUCUUUGAUGUUGCUAGGACCUUGAAGUAUGAUACACCUCAAAAUCAAGCUGUGGAGGAACCCAACCUGGUAGCUUAAGCAUAGAAUAGUGUGGUCAAGCAUUCCUAGGCAUGCAUUUUUGCUUUAAGAAUUUGGCUUUUUGGUUGAGAGUUAUCACCUUAUUGCAGCGGCAUUCAUGCUAGCUUUUGAUUUAGCUCGUGUUCGGUUAAGAAUUUGACUGAAGCCCUGAGCUUUUUAGGGAGGUUAAAAGUGAGGUAAGCUAAUUUAAUUAUGCUAAUUCAUUUCAGUUCUAUUUGAUUGAGCGAAAAUUCUGUUCUUCCUUAAGUGUAACUAGUGAUACUUUAGAUUAAUUAAUGAAUUUUUGCUUAUUGUCCAAA